AUGAUCAGAAUUUUGGCCUCAAUAGUAAAUGAAAUAAUACUGAUAAUAAAUGCUAGCACUCUUACUAAUGCUGAUGAAACAAAUGCUCUUGAAAAUCAUGAUCAAAAUUUUGACCUAGUAAUAAAUGUUAACGUUCUUACCAAUUCUAAUGAAACAACGCUUUUUGAAAAUCAUGAUCAGAAUUUGGCUUCUAUUGUAAAUGAAAUAUCAAUGGACCUCAUUCUUGUUGCAGUAACCAGAGUUUACGAUUCUGAUGUCUGCCCUAACGAACAAGAGUUCGUAGAAAGGAGCCAAAAGAUAUGGAAGCAAGGGGCUAAUUCAACACUCCAGUAG